AUGGCUCCAGCACAAGAACAAAGUAAAGAACAAGAUAAACAGCCUCAGGCUGCUACUAAAGAUCAACCACCUGCCAAAAAGUCUGUUGAAAAAGAAGAAGAAUUAUCGGAAGAAGAUCAACAUUUAAAAGAUGAAUUGGAAUUAUUAGUGGAAAGAUUGAAUGAACCAGAUCAAGAUAAAGCAUUGUAUAACAAAGCUUUGGAUACUUUAAAGACAUUUAUCAAAGAAUCAACUACAUCAAUGACUGCAGUUCCAAAACCUUUAAAGUUUUUAAGACCACAUUACCCUUCAUUAACUGAACUAUAUGACAAAUGGAGUAAACAAUACCUGGAAAAGGAUGAAAUUGUCGUCAAAUUGGCUGAUAUUUUAUCUGUGUUGGCAACUACAUAUUCUGACGAAGGCAACAGAGAUUCAUUGAAAUACAGAUUGUUGGCCUCAGAUGAAACCAUUGCUGAUUGGGGUCAUGAAUACAUGCGUCAUUUGGCUUUGGAAAUUGGUGAAUCAUACCAAGAAAAUUUGGGUGUUGACGACUCAUUGGUUGCUAAAUUGGUCAAAUUGGCUUUACAAAUUGUUCCAUUUUUCUUGAAACAUAAUGCCGAAGCAGAUGCUGUUGAUUUAUUAUUAGAAAUUGAAUGUAUUGAUAAGUUACCAGGGUUUGUUGACGAAAACACAUAUGCUAGAGUUUGUCUUUAUGUUACCAGUUGUGUUCCGUACUUGGCUCCACCUGAUGAUGUUUCAUUCUUGAAUACAGCAUACUCCAUUUAUUUAUCCCAUAAUCAAUUGACUCAAGCUUUGACCUUGGCUAUCAAAUUAGAUGAUAAUGAAUUGAUUAAACAAGUUUUUGAAUCCACCGCAGAUGAACUGGUUCACAAACAAUUGGGCUUUAUCUUGUCUCAACAAAAUAGCAAUUUCAAAUAUCCUGGUGAAAAUCCAGACGUGCAAGAAUGUAUUUCUAAUGUCAAACUGGCCAAAUAUUUCCAAUACUUGGUUAAAGAAUUGAAUUUGUUAGAUCCUAAGGUUCCAGAAGACGUUUACAAGUCACAUUUGGAAAAUUCUAAAUUUGGUUUGGGUACUUCUGGUUCAAUUGACUCUGCUAAGCAAAACUUGGCUGCUGCAUUUGUUAACGCAUUUCUUAACUUGGGUUUUGGUAAUGAUAAAUUGGUUCAAACUGAAGAAGACAACAAAUCAUGGAUAUAUAGAACUAAAGGUUCUGGUAUGGCUUCCACCACUGCUUCUCUUGGUUCCAUCCAUCAAUGGAACAUUAAUGAAGGGUUACAAGUAUUGGAUAAAUACACUUAUUCAGAAGAUCAAGAAGUCAAGGCUGGUGCAUUAUUGGGUACUGGUGUUGUUUCAGCUAAUGUUCACGAUGAAGUUGAUGCUGCUUUCGCUUUGUUGCAAGAAUAUGUUCAUGAACCAAACAAGCUUUAUCAAACUGCUGCUAUCAAUGGUUUGGGUAUUGCGUUUGCAGGAUCUGCUAAUGAAGAAGUUUUGAACUUGUUAUUACCAUUGGUUUCAGAUUUGGAUAUCUCCUUAGAAAUCUCCUGUCUUGCCGCUUUAGCAUUGGGUCAUGUAUUUGUUGGUACUUGUCAUGGUGAUGUUACUUCAACUAUUUUGCAAACUUUGUUGGAAAGGGAUUUCACCCAAUUGACUAACAAGUUUAUUAAAUUCAUGUCAUUAGGUUUGGGUUUGUUGUACAUGGGUAGAACCGAACAAGCAGAAGAUGUUUUAGAAACCAUUGAUGCCAUUGAACAUCCAAUUAGUAAAACUUUGAAAGUUUUGGUGAAUAUUUGUGCCUUUGCUGGUACUGGUAACGUUUUACAAAUUCAAGCCUUGUUGCAAAUGUGUACUGCCAAACCAAAGGAUCAAUUAGACGAAGAAAAGAAAUUGGCUCAAUCUGAAGCUGAACAACAAAAAGAUAAGAAACCAGAAGGUGGUGACGCUGCCACUGGUGCUUCUAACACUGAAGGUGCUGAUGAAGAUGUAGAGAUGGAAGAUGCUGAGAAGAAAGAAGAAGACAAAUCUUCCGAUGCUGCUAAAGCUGAAGAAGAAGACGAUGACGACGAUGAAGUUGAUGAAGACGAAGAAUUAUACCAAGGAAUCGCUGUUUUGGGUUUGGCUUGUAUUGCCAUGGGUGAAGAAAUUGGUCAAGAUAUGUCUUUGCGUCAUUUCAGUCACUUGAUGCAUUAUGGUAACUCAUUGAUUAGAAGAGCUGUUCCAUUGGCUAUGGGUUUGGUUUCUGCUUCUAAUCCACAAAUGAAAGUCUUUGAAACCUUAUCUCGUUAUUCUCAUGAUCCAGACUUGGAAGUUGCACAAAACUCUAUCUACUCUAUGGGUCUUGUGGGUGCUGGUACCAAUAAUGCCAGAUUAGCACAAUUAUUGAGACAAUUGGCUUCUUAUUAUAUUAAAUCUCCAGAUACAUUAUUUAUGGUUAGAAUUGCCCAAGGUAUCUUGCAUUUGGGUAAAGGUACUUUGACUUUGACUCCAUAUAACUCAGAAAGAACUAUCUUGUCUAAAGUUUCAUUAGCAUCAUUGUUAACAAUUGCCAUUUCAUUAUUAGAUCCUAGAGCAUUUAUAUUGAAUGAUUCCAACACAGAAACCACACACCAACUAUUAUAUUACUUAACUCCAGCAGUUAAACCACGUAUGUUGGUUACUGUUGAUGAAGAAUUGAAACCAAUUAAAGUGAAUGUUAGAGUUGGUCAAGCUGUUGAUGUUGUUGGUCAAGCUGGUAAACCAAAGACCAUUACUGGUUGGGUAACGCAAUCCACUCCAGUCUUGUUGAAUUAUGGUGAACGUGCUGAACUAGAAAAUACUGACGAAUGGAUAAGUUUGAGUAGUUCAUUGGAAGGUGUUGUGAUUUUGAAAAAGAAUCCAGAAUACAUGGAAGUUGACAGUUAG